UCUCUCUCUGUUUCUCUCUGGGGUUUUUGGCUGCAGCUGCUGGGAAAAGAAAGUUUUGAAAUUUUUUAGGGUUUAAGGAGGAAGAAUUAAUCAAUCAAUCACAAGAUGUAUCUUCAGUACUACAUCAAUGACAACGGUGACAAGGUUUACACUGUUAAGAAAGAAUCACCACUUGGGAAGGCAACAGAAUCCGCUCAUCCAGCUCGGUUCUCCCCAGAUGACAAAUACUCCAGGCAGAGAGUUCUUUUGAAAAAGAGAUUUGGAUUGUUGCCAACUCAGAAGCCAGCACCCAAGUAUUAAGAAACUUACCUGACAUUUCAUACUGCGAGUAAUGUUCCGUUAGAUGUAUUAUGUUUCCAACUUCAUUGUAUUAGGAGUUAAACAUGAUGAUACUGAACUUAGCAGUAACUAUAGAAGCAACACUAUUGUUAAUGAGUAAUAUUUCUAUCCAGUUGUAUGUUUGAAUUGCUCUGCGUUCUUUUAUCUUCUUUAGGAAUUUGCAUUUUCAGAUA